UCUUGAAAUUCUUGUGGUUUGUUGUGGACGGCUGCUCCAGUCUGGUUCUCCUCCGGUGCCGCUUUAACUCCAGACAGCCAUGGAGGGUUAUAAACAUUUCCUGGCCGUGCUGUCAGCCGCCGCUGCUUUCGGCUUUGCCACCAUCAUAUUCGUGCUACGAUGGGUCCUCUACUACAGAGAGGGGUUAGCCUGGGACGGAGGACCUGCUGAGUUCAACUGGCAUCCGGUCUUACAACUCGCUGGCUUCAUUUUCCUGAACGGAGUGGCCAUCAUCAUCUUCAGGCUCCCCUGGACCUGGCAGAUCAACAAACUAAUCAUGAAGUUAGUCCACGCUGGCUUAAACUUGGCAGCCUUCACCUGUGCAACGGUAUCUUUUGUGGCAGCUUUUGAUUUCCACAAUGCUGCUAACAUCCCAAACAUGUACAGUCUGCACAGCUGGCUGGGCUUUGCAGCUCUGAUAUUGUUUGGUCUGCAGAUUGUUCUUGCAGUCAUCAUGUACUUGAUGCCAUUUACACCAGCAUCCUGGAGAGCUGCUUUCAUGCCCCUCCAUGUGUUCAGUGGGCAGCUCCUCUUUGCCAGUAUUAUAGCCGUGGCACUCAUGGGCAUGACAGAGAAACUUAUUUUUGGCUUGGACAACCCUAAGUAUAAGGACUCACCCCCAGAGGCAGUUUUUGUGAAUGUUAUGGGAGUGCUCCUGGUGGCCUAUGGAGUUACAAUCCUCUGGAUUGCCACUCGAGCAUCUUGGAAAAGGCCCAGCGACCAAGCUUCGUAUACUCGGCAUCCCAUUGCCAGAGGUGAGGAAAACGCAAAAGUUGGUCCCUCUCUGUCUCAGCUGUCUAAUGAAACUGACGUUGAGGGCUGUGUGGAUGUGAGGAGGAGGGCUAACAAGCUAGAUGAUCAGAACAACUGAUUACAAAAACAAAGAUGUGGAACGGAUGUGUUGAGAAAUAUGAAGAAAGAAAGAAAUAUGUAUUUGCUUAUACAUUAUUUUCUCUCUUGCACCUUAUAGUAUUUUAUAUUUGCUGCACUUUCAGCUUGUUUUCUGUUGCAUGUAUUACCGUUAUUACAUGCAAAUACAGUGAGCUACUUUGUAAGGUAUCAUAAAUGAUGAUGUUGGUGUACACUGUUUACAUUGUUAAAAUAAUAUUGUCAUAUUGCCUUUGUUCUAACUGUUUGUAUUCUCAAAAAUUACAUGUAAUAAAUAAGAUUAUGUUCAGCUAAACCUCACUGAAUUAAGUAAUAAACUG